AUGAUACGUUCGUAUGAGCUUGGAGUACUCAUUCUGGAUCCCGAGCGAGUAAAACUACCAUAUGAUUAUCCUGUCGCAAAAUAUGGAGUAGCCGAUAAACCAUGGAUUUGUGAUGUUUCGUACACGGAAGCAGAUAGCCAUGGAAGGCAGUGGAUUAUGUGCUCUAGCCUCUUCCGUGGAUCUGGAGAUGUCGAAAAAGACCGUAAGAUUUUGUCAUAUGGCGACGUUGUUUUGUAUACCUCUGAUUUGUAUACACUGAAUCCUGGAAUGUGGUUGAAUGAUAACAUUAUUACAUUCGCAUGCGAAUAUCUCUUAUCAAAAGCUACACAGGAAGUUCGGGAACAGGUGGCUAUAGUGAGCGCAGCAUCCUGUGAACUGAUCAGAUAUUCUGGUGAUAUGGAGAUUAUUCGAGAUAUUUUCUUCUCACUUGGUUUCUUCAAAAAGGAAAAGGUUUUUUCUACAUUACUUUCACGGCACUAUUUUUCGCUAUCUUCUUGUAUCAGUCACCCAGUUUACAUCUGUACUGUUGUGAAAGGGGCAUCGAUGGAGUAA